AUGUCAUCUGCGUCUCCUGCUCCCACAAAUACCUCACCCGCCGCCCCGGUGAGGUCCAAACUCCCUCCGCGCGAUGCCCAACCCUCCUACCCUCCGCUCGAGAGCGCCACCUUGACCCCCAAGACACUUGCUCAGACCGGCCGCUCCAAGACUGCCCCGCUGGCCCUGGAUACCCUGUGGACGAACGGAAAUCCCCAGCUAUCUGAGCGGGACUCUAUCUUCGCGACCACAUACGCCUAUAACGACAGUCCCAUCUCGUCACCAGCCCUUUCUCCACGCCCGGAUGCUGCCACCGACAAUGAUGCAAUUGAAGGUAUCGCAGACAUGGCAGCCUCUCCCAUUCGGCGACUGAUUGACCCUCCUCUGCUCCGCCAGCACCCUUCCGCCUCCGCGUCCGCCGUGUUGCCACCAUUCGACCGCUCUUCCGUCAAAGACGCUCCUGGCCGCGAUAAACACCGGUCUGCUCUCCUCUCGCAGGGAGAGUAUACGGGAACGGCAGCCCAUUCUGCUGCCCAGAAACUCCGCCAUAUGGGCAUGGAACACUCGGGCAGCCGAGCGAGUCCGCCGCCUUUCAUGAGUCCCGUCGACUCGCCAAUCCAGCGUCCGUCAACACCCCACAACCAUGAUUUCGGCACUCAAGUGUCACUAGGCUUGGCGACGGACAAUGAUAAACGCCUGCGAUAUCGGUCUUGGCGCGAAGGAAAGGCUACAUUGGGUGCGGUUGGGUCUGCCGCGGUUAGAAGCAGGAGCCGGGAUGGCUCUCACGUGGAUAAGAAAAUCGAAGCUACAUUGCUGAAAGCUGAGCACGUUCCUGCCCCAAGGAGCCGGAAAGCAAGUCACUAUCUAGGCCUGUUCAAGGAGAAUGACGCUGCAGAGGAGCAAAAGAGAAGAGACGCCAAAGAACGUCAAUCAACUGAGAAAGGCUCUCGAGCACCUCACCCUGGGAAAAAGGCCCCGUCUAUGAAAGUGCCGGCCCAGGAGGCUCCACCGUCACUCCAAGGCCUCCUCCGACCCCGUCCUAUUUCCGAUGCUGAUGGAACGCAAGACGACAAUGGCAAGCCGCAAGACUCGCAAAAACUAAAAGCUCCCCUAAGCUCACGUACUGAGUUUAGCAAUGAUUCUGUAUCAUUAGAGACAUUGUCCCGCAGUCGUCCUUCCGAGCCAAAGUUGACUCUUGGCGCCGGUACAGGGGUUGACAAGCCGAAUACCAUUGCGUACACGCCACAGCAAGAGUUUCCGUUGCGGCUACUUGACGAAAUUAGAAGUCAUCACAAUCUUACUCCUGGCGCUGACCGAGGCACCUCCUUCUCUAGAAGCUUGCCCACUGCCGCGUCUGAAAGAUCCAGAGGUUCAUCUGCAAAGGACAAGCCAACGUCACUGCAUGACCAGGCUGCUGACUAUUUUCCUGCGGUGCGGGAUGAUAGCGAAGAGCCGUCACCGGCAUCUGACGAAGAAGAGUCGGAACGAGAACAAAUAUCCUCGGCAUUGUAUUUUCCUCAUCGCCACAGAUCUUCUGAAGAAAUUUCUCCAGAGCAAAAAAUUCGGAAGGCAGAAAUUGAAGGGGACCGUAGGAGGAGGCCAAGCCUCGUAUCGGCGGGUAAAGUACCCGAAGGCUGGGGUAACGAAGAGAUUGUAAAAACUCCUGAAGAGGUAGAAAUUUCUCUGCAAUCCCAAGAUGAAAACCAAUACCUGCACGGUGACCUACAGCCAUCAGCUCCCUUGUCUGAGGACGAGCUUCACAAGCAAUUGACGUCGCCGACGGGAGCUACGUCGGUUUCCGAAUCUGAUUAUGAAUCGUUCGCAGAGUCGUCUCACUCGUAUCGCGGCUACGAAUCCAGCGCCACUGAUGAUUUAGGAACCACACCGACAGCGCCAUCGAUCAAGCGAACCGAGCGUAAGCCACAUCCUACUGCCACCCAGCCACCAGCUCCGAUUGGGGCUGUCGAGCUAAAGCCGUACGACCAUCAGGUAGGCGGGCAUACUACUGUAUACCGGUUCUCUCGCAGAGCCGUAUGCAAGCAGCUCAACAACCGAGAGAAUGAGUUCUACGAAACGGUUGAGCGGAAUCAUCCGGAGCUGCUAGAUUUCUUGCCCCGAUACAUCGGCGUUUUGAAUGUAACGUAUCGCAAGGCACCGAAGCGUAAAAAGACUCAGAGAAAGGACGAAGCUUUUGGGGACCAGGUAGUGCAAUCUGCAUCACAGACCAAUACCGGUAGCGAGUCAGUGCUUUCAUCCAAAGAGAUGUCCAGGGGUCCUGAAGAUCGCAAAGAAGAGGCGGCGCCAAGGAUAGUUAGUCAUUCGCAAAACACCACUUCCAUCCCUCAAGUUAUUUUCGAGAAUAACCGCCACAUCAUCCCGGAUAAUCUGUUUCGCGUUCCUCCUCGGUCAAGUACUCCCGAUCCUUGGACUGGGCUCUCGUCUCUCUCCUCUCAGAUACAUCGACGAAAUCAGAGCGAUAUGACUAUGAAUGGGUCUUCAGAAAAGAGUCCAUCUCGUCCUCCGAUCCAUCAACAUGCAAGCUGGGGUGUUACUACUAUCAACACCAAAUUGCAAGAAGAAGUCCUUCGCCAGGUAUUCGCGCCACCACCAAUUCAUCAUCGCUCCAGACACAGCCACCAACAUCAUAGCAUCCCAUCGAGGAAAAUGAGACUGGACUCCAAAGGAAUCGUAGGGUCUGCACCGACAGCUCGUAGGAAUAGUGCAGAUGUUACCCAGCUGCACAAUACACAUUUCGAUGAAGACUGCACUCGCAAGCAAGUGUUGAAAGCGGAAGCCGAGCGGCAUUUCCCGGGCAAUGGAGGGGAUGUAUCACAACCCGCGCCCCAGGAACGCCUCUAUUUCGAUUCAGACAGCGAAGCGGCUCUCAGUAGGAGCGAUACAGAUAUGCGCCCGUCCUCAUCCCCAUCCGCCAUACCACGGCGCCGGCAUUCCGGCGGCGGGCUACGCCGUCCCUUCGACAUCGACCACAAGCAAAGAAGAGGCCUGGAGUACCACGAAGAAGACGGCUACGGUGGCGACGGAGAAGACGAACUCUUCGCCAUGGACGACGAGGCGCGCACCGGCGCAGCCAAAUUGAACGGUAUUCGCGAAGAACCCGGCCAAGCCCAGCCGCAGGCCAUCAAACCACCACCAAUAGCGACCAUGCUCCCAGCACCCGUGACCGCAGGCCCGAAAACCAAGGCUCAUACCUCUGAGCCCAAAGUCCUCGAGCCCUCAAACCCAGAAGAAGCCCAGCUCCAGCCCGACGAGCGCGUGCAGCACUUCCUCCUCCUCGAGGACCUCACAGCCGGCAUGUCCAAGCCCUGCGUGCUCGACCUUAAAAUGGGCACGCGGCAGUACGGCAUCGAGGCCGACGAGAAGAAGCAGCGCUCCCAGCGCCGCAAGUGCCAGAUGACGACGUCGCGCGGGCUCGGCGUGCGGGUCUGCGGGAUGCAGGUGUGGAACGUGAAGUCGCAGUCCUACGUCUUCGAAGACAAGUACUUCGGCCGCGACCUGAAAGCUGGGAAGGAGUUCCAGGAUGCGCUAACCCGCUUCUUCUUCGACGGGGUCGGGAACGCGGCGGCGCGGAGGCACAUCCCGGUCAUCUUGGAGAAAAUUAGGCAGCUGGAGAACAUGAUUCGGAGGCUGCCGGGGUACCGGUUCUAUGCGAGUAGUUUGCUAAUGUUGUAUGAUCGUGGCGAUGGGGAGGCCGGGGAGAAAGAGAAGGAUUCCACUCAGCGUGCUGCUGGGGAGGAUGGGCCAGCGAAGCCGGCGAGUCCGCCCACUAUCAAGCUUAAGAUUGUGGAUUUUGCGAAUUGUGUCACGGCGGAGGAUGCGCUGCCGGAUUCUAUUCCUUGCCCGCCGAAGGACCCGGAUGGUGUGGAUAGGGGGUAUCUACGCGGCUUGCGUAGUUUGCGGAUGUACUUCCAGCGGAUUUGGAAGGACGUCAGCGAUGUCGAGUGGGUUGAGCGAGGCGAGGGAGAGGGAAUGGCGCUGGGUGAGAGCGGGAUUGGGCUUGGGAAUGUGGGUGGUGCGUGGGAGGAAGGCGCGGGCCCGGAUGAUGGAGGAUGGGUUAGUGUUUAA